CUGUUUUGUCUUUUUCUCUUCCCAGCUUUCAAAUUCGAAAAGACUUUUCAUUUCCUUGCAAACAUAACUCCGGGAUUGGUAGAGUUAGCAGGAAUAAUGCCAAGGUCUCUCGGUUGAGGGCUAGCUUUUGGGAAGCAAUUAGAUCUGGGUUUUCGAAGAAUAAUAACAAUUUGCAGAUUGUUGAGCCUCCAUCUUCGAUCCAAGAAGAGGAAGAUCAUAUUCCUGAAGAGUUUGUUCUAGUUGAAAAGCCACUACCAGAUGGAGCAGUUGAACAAUUUUUAUUUUCCUCUUGUGGGGAUAUUGAUGUAUAUGAUCUUCAAGCUUUAUGUGAUAAGGUUGGCUGGCCUAGAAGGCCACCAUCUAAACUCGCCACUGCUUUAAAAAAUAGCUACAUUGUAGCAACGUUACAUUCUAGAAGAGUAUCAACAGACGGAGAGGUGAAUGGCCAAAAGAAGCUGAUAGCUAUGGCUCGCGCGACAUCAGAUCAUGUCUUUAAUGCUACCAUUUGGGAUGUUCUUGUAGAUCCUUCCUAUCAGGGCCAAGGUCUUGGAAAAGCCCUUAUAGAAAAGCUUAUAAGGACACUUUUGCAAAGGGAUAUUGGAAACAUUUCAUUGUUUGCUGAUAGUCAAGUUGUUGAAUUUUAUCAGAAUCUAGGAUUUGAGCCCGACCCCGAGGGCAUCAAAGGUAUGUUCUGGUACCCGAGGUCUUAGCCAUGUAUGGUUGUUGGAGCAAAUCAUGUUGCAGCGACCUACCUAGGCGACAAUGAUGUGGCAAACAUUUCAUUGUCUGUGUGACAUGGGGAUUUCUGAUACUAUUAUUCAAGGAGUAUGGUCAUGGAGUGAAGUGAAUUGCGGGACGGGAGGAUUAUAUACCCCAUUCUUUGGUGUGACAUAAACGCCUCAUUAAAAACUGAAUUGUACU